AUGAGAAUAAGUGCACAUUUCGCUAUUUUGGGCCUUUGCUUCGCCUAUGCUCAGGCGGGCAUUCUUCUCGAGCAUGCGCCAGCUUGUCCUGAACAAUAUGGAGUUCAGGCAUACGCGCACCCGGAACUCUGCGACCAAUUCUUCUUAUGUACAAAUGGCACGCUCACCGUUGAAACAUGCGAAAACGGUCUUUUAUUUGACGGCAAAGGCGCUGUGCACAAUCACUGUAACUACAACUGGGCAGUAGACUGUGGGCAAAGGAAAGCUGACUUGACACCAUACUCUACUCCUGGCUGUGAAUACCAGUUCGGCAUUUACCCAGACAGCGCUGAGUGCUCCACUAGCUACAUCAAGUGCGCAUUCGGAGUGCCACACCAAGAACCCUGCACACCCGGUCUCGUGUACGACGAACGCAUCCACGGCUGCAACUGGCCUGAUCUCCUGCAACCUUUCUGCAACCCUGAAGCUGUAGUCGGCUUCAAAUGCCCAACCAAAGUCCCAGCUCACACUCAGUCAGCCAAAUUCUGGCCAUUCCCUCGAUUCCCGGUGCCCGGCGACUGCCACAGACUGAUCACCUGCGUAGAAGGCAAUCCUCGUCUCAUCACCUGUGAGGAAGGCAAAGUCUUCGAUGAUCAAAACCUGACCUGUGAAGACCCUGAACUGGUGCCUCACUGUGCACAUGCG